CAGUGUCUAAAGCAACUAAAAUCCAUCAUAUGGGAAAGAUGGCAAGCUUACCCUUAGUGACCUGCAUCCAGAAAUUUGGUUCAUCUAGAGCAGCAAUCACCAGGAGGAGCACCUGGAACUCUAGGCUGUUUGUGGCCUCUACUCCAAGACCUAUUCAUGCAAGCAGUUCACGUCAAGAGGCUUCGGCGGCCACUGAGGCAAUAAAACAAGGUGCAAAUGAAACGAAGAAAACUGGUGAAACUAUCAAUGAUAAGGCUUUCUCUGCUGCAGAACAUGUGACUCAAAAGACAAAAGAUAUAGCUGGGAAGGUGUCGGAGACGGCCAAGGAUGUCACUGAGAAGGCAAAGCAUACAACAGAAGAAGUAUGGGGAACUGCCAAAGACACAGCCCAAAAGGCGAAAGACAGCAUGUUAGGCAAGGCUGAACAGUCAAAGGAAAGCAUCAAAGAAAAGGCAGAGAUAGUGAAGGAAAACAUGAACACCAAGAAUUGAUUUAUUCUUCCUUGGCUUUUACAGUCGCUUUUCUGCUCCAAUAUUGAUAGUGUUUGUUUUAAUUGGCGUUUUAUAUUUCAAUAUAUAUAUAUAUAUAGGGAUCUACUUUCCAAUUGUGCCAUGGUAUGCAAUUCCAUGCAUGUACCGUACGGCCAUAUGUGAAAUGACUUAUUUAUGUUUCAUGUGUUAAUAAAGCUAUAGGAAGCCAUUCAAGUUUCUUAAAAAAUGGUGUGAGCUCAAUACAGCAAAAUUGAUUAUUUGUAACGGUACUUUUUAUUUUUUGAUGGACCAAAAAAAUUACUAAAGAUGUUUUUUUGUAAUA